AUGGUGCGUUUUGGUUUCGGAGGGUUGAAGGGGUGUAAUUCUGCUGGACCUGUACUCACCCUUCACCUGCUGCACCUGGUACCCCUUCCCCCUCAGGUCACCACCUCUGCCCCCCGGACCCCUCUGUUGUCCAGUGCUGUCCACCCACUGCUCUCACUCAAAGGAGGAUGGACAUUAUUCGGGACCCGGAUCAAGCAGCCCAAGUUCAGCUCCAAGACUCACUGGCCCCGCCCUGCCUCUGUGUUGGCUCUGCGGUGUCUCGUGGGACAGGCACCCCCUUGGCUGGGUGUCUUCCCUUUUUUUGGCAAGUGGUGUCCUGAAACGGGCCCGUCCCGUCUCUGCCCCCGGGGGCCCUCCUCGCUGGCCCCGUGGGUAAAUGGCCAUUGUGCGGUGCCACUGAUCCCUGACAAGGCCAUAUUGUGGCGCGGUGGGGUGUCAGCGGCACAAAGCCAGCCGGGGUUGCCACAUUGUCUCACACUCCAAAUGAAGAAGUCGCUUUGCUCUGCCUUGAAAUACGGCGGCGAGCGGGAGGAUGCGCCGGAGGACGAGACGAAAGAAGGAGAAGGCGAGAAAGAGGGGGUCAUUGUCUAA